GCUGAUCUGGCAGCGCCGUAACUGCAGUAAAUAAAAAUUGUUUACAAUAGUAUUUAAUUACCUGAAUGAUGGCUGAUUUGGUGAGCGGGGAAGCCUCUGAAUCCGACGAGGAAUUGCAGGACCAGAAUAAGAUUUUUGCUGCUGAAGUUUCGGGCGAAGCCUCCGAAGAAGAAGAUGAUGAAGACAUUUACGAGCAACGCCGAAGCAGCAACCAGGUCAACAGCACGGCUUCCAUUUACCGGAAUAAUCUGCUCCAGCGGAAACUAAUCGAAAACAACAUUGCCAUUUGGAGAUCCCUUACCGCUUUCACUCGCAGCUUUGUGUUGAGUGCCUCAAAGCAGCUCGUAACCACUGACCAAAUGCUCAUCAAGUCGCAGCUUAGUCUUCAGUCGGCUCACACAUCACUGCAGCAGGCCCAGAAGAACGCCCAGGAUCUGCAAACCAGGGUGGCUGCCGUCAUUACCAGCAACUUCCUCCCGCACAUAAGCAUCCAGAAAACAACCUGACGUAGACGUAUAGUGUAUUUGCUGAUAAACGAUCAAAUCUAGGCUAA